UGGUUCCAGGAAUUAAACUCAGGGCCUUGCUCUUGCCAGCCAGGCGCUGCACCACUGAGCUCUAUCCUCAGCCCUCUGGUAGCUUUCAUAGUUCCACAAUUUCAUUUAAACAUGUGAAUGUACUUGUAAGAUUUUCUUCCCCAUAAAAUGAGAUACUAAGUCUAAUGACUUUCUUCCUUUUCAAAAUUCUUUUGAAUAUCAGAGUGAGCUCUUGCUUUCUAUAUAAAAGAAUGCUAAAACAAGGGCAUCUUUAGCAACUUAAAUUUGAAAUGAUGAUGACUCUGAUUAUAACAUUUAUACUUGAUUAUCCCUAACUUGGAAUGUCAUAAUAGUUUAGAAAUAUAUGUAUUAUAUACUUUGUCAUGAGUGGGAUAAAUAGGAGAGAGACUAUUUUGGAAUUGCUUAAGCAAAUUCACCAAAGUUGUUUGCAAAAUUGUGUUAAAUUUUAUCAAUUUGUCAUAUAUUUCUAUUUUCUUCAUUGUAUAUUAAUCAGAUUUAGGCUACUUGUAAUGAAAAACACCAUAAAACCAAAGUGAUCAUUGCUAUUAAAAUUAGUUUCUACCCAGCAGUAUUAAUUACCAUAGAAUCAUCUUUGCAGACUUUGCAAUGUACUUUUAAGAAAAGGUGAUUUUAAUAUUUAAGAAAUUAUUUUAUCGUAAAGCAAAACCCAAGUUUAAGGCCUAGGCCAUUUGGCUUUUCUUUUUUUUAAUGAAAAUUUCAUUAAUGUGGGCUAAGUGAAGAUGAUCUAGACUAGCACUAGUCUGAGUCAGGUAGAAUUUCAAGAUGCAAGACCAACCAGGUGAACUGUGGAAAAUGUGAUAGGUGCCAAGCCAAGACUUUGUCAUCUUUCAUUUGCCAAACUGACUACCAGAUUUUGAUGUUAAAGGAUAUAGACAAUUUUUUUUUUUUUUUAGGAAAGCUGAGUAUGGCAAAGGUUACUUAGUAAAAGCAUUUUUUAAACAAGAAUUUCUUAGCUACACAUUCAAUAUUUUAUUUUAUAUCCAUAUUACAUUUGGUAUUUAUUGUUUCCUUUCUUUUUCCUGACAUCCUUUGCUGUUGUGGUACAUUGUCUGACUGAUAGGUAGAAACAUGGUGGUGAUUGUCUAUGUAAGAGUUUUAUGGAUCAGAAAUAAUUCAUUAAUUUUGGAGUCACAGGAUUUUUGUGCUUUCAUAAACAUGUUUUGAUGAUUACCAGUGAUUUACUUAUUAAAUUUUUGUAACACUUAAUGAAAAAUUUUUGUAACACUUAAUGAAAAAUGUUUUUAUUUAGGGUCUACUGUAAUAAUCAGGAGACUUCCAAGUUUAAGAACCAAGACCUUCUAGAUUUGUGAAAAAAGUGGAAAUAUUCUUGCUAGUACGUAUUUUGAUCUAAGAUAUAUUAACCAGAAGGCUUCUAGGAAGAUGUAAGAAAAGAUAAUGUUUUAAAGUGUCAGUUAAAGUUAUGGCAUAGGUGGCUUCUAGGCACCUUUACUACUCAAACAGUGACUACCAUCAGGUAGUGAUUUAUUAAACUUAUAUUGAGGUGGGUCAAACUCCUAGUCAGCUGGAGUAGAUUGGCAAUUUCCAGUGCUAAAUUAGUUGUGUUGGCGGCUUUAAGCUAUCAUUUAUUUUAUACAUCUGACAUCUUGUUUCUCCUAGACUUUUUCCUUGUUUCUUUCUUUUUCUUCUUUAUUCUUGUCAUAGGCCUGCCAGUGGCAUUCAAGCUUACCCUCUUCAGAAAGAAGUAAAGAAAUGGCUGACUCCUGCCUUAGAAAAUAGCUAACUGAUGAUCCACAGAGAUUUCUAUAUUAUGAGGUAAUGGGGCAGUUUUUUCUGCUGUUUUCCCCCUUGAGAUUUAAAUGGACAAUUUGAAGAGCAUCUAAAUUAGUGUGAAGAAAUUUUGAAUUGAGCGUAAGAAGUAUGUGUCUUUUACUUAAGUUUCUGGGAACUGAGACAUUGGUUUGGAAGUUUGAAAGCAAGAAAGGGAAAGCUGUUUAAAAUGUUUGUGGAUGGAGGUAUGAGAAGUACAUAAGGGAAUGGUUUGGAUGUAAAUUGGGAGGAGUUUUUAUUGGAUUAGGAAAAGAUGCUAAGAUGAAGUCUUUAUGGAGUUGUUUGCUAAGAACAAUUAAGUUGAUCUUUACUAAGGAGGUUUCAGUAAUGCUGGAGAAAAUGGGUUCCUUGUUGGUUGAGAGAAAACUGUUGGUCAGUAGCUAGUUAUGAUGAUGAUGUUGAUGAUGAUGCAUUAUACAAAUCUGUUUCUGUGUAUAAGAUGUUUGCUUUUCUGGGACAAAUUUAAAUAGCAUAAUUGGAAUGGCAGCUUUUCUAGUAAUGGCAAGUUGGUGCUAAGGACUUAAUAUUUUGAAAAAAAGAAGAUAUAAAAGUUUCAAACUUUUCCACAGUUACCAUUUUUAAACUGUCAGUAAUAUUUAUCUUUACAGAUUAUAUUUUCUUGGGCUCUUGUCACAGUGUUGUUUACCUUCAGAUCUGUGUCGAAAGAGCCUUCCUAUUACAUAAACUGUAGCAUUUGGUCCAUAUUAAUUUCUUAGAAGUAUCGGGUAAAAGCACUAAGUUGUAAUUUUAGGUAUCUUAUCUGUUUCUUUUACAUUUAUACUUUUGGCAACCAUUUAAUAUUGUGAACUUUCUGAUGCCUUCAUAAUACUGUAUUUCUGAAAUUAGACGCUAUGUUCCCUAAACUCAUGUUUCUAUUUGUUUUUCCACCUUUUCUCUUAUUUUAAAAUUGUAGACUUCCCAAGAGUUUGUUGGUGGUGGCAGAUGUUAAUUAUAUAAUUUAGUAUAUCUUGGAGGUUCUUUUGUUCCUUUAUAGAGUGAGAUGACCAUUUAAUAUUCUGUCCCCAUAGUCCCAAGAGUAUUUUAAAUUAUUUAAGAUAAAGAAUUGCUAUAAUAUUUUUAAAAAUUACAUAAUUCAGAUAUAUUUGGAUUAACUCUUUGUUGGCAAAUUUAGUAUGAAUUAUUCCCAUUGACUUUGAUAAUACUUUUAAGUUCCAUUUUAAUCAGGUCUCUGUACAUUCAUUUUAAAAAUCUCUUUAAAAAUAACCCCCAAGAAGAGGUUCUGAUUUUGUACUUGGAAGGUAAUUUUCCUUUCUUACACAUUUCAACUUCAUUAACAAUAGGGUGAUUUUUUUUAUAUUGCUUAUUUUAUAAAGUUAGCACUUAGUAUAAUUUUCACAUUUUAUUGUGUGUCACAUUUUAAAUUAUAAUACAGUAACAUACUAUAACUUAAGUCAGUGCAGAGCCUUCUUAAGUAGCCCCUCCCUUAGGAAUUGGUGUAAAAAGAAGUGAAUUCUCAAACCUGUGUCAAGAACCAGUGAUUUAAAUAACUCUGAGACAAGUCUUUGAAAGGCUUCCUUGAGUCUAGUCAGUGGAAAUAAAUGAUAGCCCAUUUCCAUGCUGCAUAGCUAUUGGGGUUUAUAAAGUUGUCAGUAUGUAAAAGUAGGAAAGACUAUGUAAAGUUGCCUAUAAAAUUACUAUUUUUCAUUGUUUGCACUAUAUAUCUUUGCACUUGAUUUUUUGAAAGUUAAAGACUAGUCACUUUCACUUUUGUUUCUAGUCUUUUCUAAUUUCUUGCAGAAUUAUGUUUUCAAUAUCCCUCCUAAAGCAAAAUGUAUAUGCAAUUAAAUAUACUUUUUAAAACUAAGAAAAUAUUUAAUUUUAGAUAUGUAAUACAGAAAUUUGUUUUGAUAAAUAUUUUAAUAAGGCCCUUGAUUUGCCAAUAAAAUCCUUUGUAAAUGUGAGCUUUAUUAAACAUUUUAAAUAAAGUAAAAGCUUAGGAUAGAUUUGUCUUUGAGAUCUAACAUCCAGCCUCGGAUAGCCUGGUUUUGGAGUGUUGGUCUGUUUCCACUUUAUUCAGUGAGGCCUGAGUCUUACUGGGUACAUGCUUUAAAAACUGGAAGUGAAGUAGGUGGCAAAUAGCAUCUGCCUCUUCCAUAUAGUUUUUGAUGAUGUUCCUAUAGUUUCUUCAUGAUCUGUAUGAUAUAAUUGGUAUUGCAAUAGUCAAUUAAAUGACUAUUGCUUUUUGGAAUUCAGGAUUGACUCAUGUUUGGGGGGGUUGCAGCUUGCAGCAAGGGAUAAGAGAACCAGAGACAGUCUUAAAACCUUAAAGAAAAGAACAAAAAGUGUACCUGUAAGCAUAUUUUUUUUUGUCUUAGUGAGAUUGUGUAACACAGUGUUCAUAAUUGCAAAAAAGAGAAGAUUUGGCAAUAAUUUUGUCAAUAGAACAGAGAGAUGUGUUUUUGGCUAAAAUUGGCUUUUUUAAGUUAUUUAGUUAUUUCAUUUAAUAUUCCUUUCCCCAUAAUUUUUACAUACUUAAAACCGACAAAUGAGAGGCCUCUUUCAGUUAUGGCUUAUUUUCAGAAUGUCUGAAUAUGUUUCUGGAGAGAAGGGAGGUGUUUUAAUUCUUGACAUACUCCUCUCAGCAUGUUUUGCUAGUCACCCUGGAUCUUAUAUUUGCAAAUUUUGUUGAAAAUUUGAUGGUGUAUUUAAAAUGAGAAUGUCCUCUAUAACAUGGUGUGAAUGUUUGUGGCCAGAUUCUGUUGUGGAACCCACAGCUUUGUUUUUAAUUUGACUAGAAAAUUUAACUUCCAUUGUCUAGAUUUUAGGUUUAUCUAGUGGAAUUGUAGUUACCUAACUAUGAACCAGUUUGGGGGUACAAAGGUUAACAGAUGUGGAUUUGACUCUACAUGAUCCUAUACAAAUCACAAGUUAAAGGCUCACAUCAUCACAGUUACCUAAUUUUUGUGUUGUCAGGUCUUUAAAUGUGGAUGAUAUUCAGCAUUAUAUCUAUGAAUUUCCUUUAGGAAAAGAGGGAAACUCAGUCUCCAAACUUUUUCUUGGAGGCUAAAUUUACCCCAUAUGGAAAAAAAAUUUUUAGAAAGUGCUUUAUUUUUAAAUGGAGUUUAACCAGUUUAAUUUUUUUCCUAGUUUGAAGAACUUAAUUCCCAAAUAUGAAUAAAGAGAGAGAUCAACAUUUGCCUCCCUCAACUCUUUUUGGAGGCUAUUUUUCAUUUUCUGCCCCCAAUUUCCAAUCAUGGUAUAAAAUGAAUUACGGGUAUUCCUCUAAGUCCCUGUAAUCCUUUUUGGGGAUCAUAGAUACCUUUGAUAAUCUGACAAAAGUGAUAGACCCUUUCUCCAGGAAAAAAAAUGCACAUACACAGAUAAUUUUUUGUACAACCUCAGGGGCAUCACACGUCUUCUGAAACCUAAGUUAAGGAUCUAUGCUCCAAGUAAACUCUGUAGAGAAAAUUCUAGUGCAGAUAUAUGAUAAAAUUAGGAACUAUUGGCUUAAAACAUUUCAUAUUGCAAUUAUUAGAUGGUGGCCCCUACUAGCAAAAUGUGAUAUUGCAACCAGCUUUGUUAGACAUUCUAACAUCCAGACAGAAAGAAAAAAGAAGCAAAAUUCUGAGAGCUACUUAAAAGGAGUCAGGGCAUCUCUAGAUAUGGGAGCCAUUUUUGGUUCAAGGCGGGGGGUCGGGGUGCCUGACAACUUCUAGCAGGGUAGAGUUUGAUAAACCACAAUGCUCAGGAUGCCAAGGGGUUAGCCAUUAUCUUAACCCCUUCCUCACCAAAAGAUUUUAGUUUUGUCUGUUGGGAAACAAGAUGUCACUAGGGAAAAAAGAUUUGCCUUACAACUGCUGGAACACAUCAGUCUGGUGAUGUAUGUAUGGGACACUAGUAUUAUUUUUGAGAAGGUGCAUAAAACCAAAGUAAAUUAUUCUCUAUGUAGAACAUUAUUUACUAGAAAUAUUUGUUUGAGUAAAUUAGCUUUGACAAUUUUUACCAGUAAACAUUGGUUUUAUUUGAAACUGGGAAUCCAGUUUAUAAAUAGGAUAGUUGAUAUAUCCAUUCUUUCCCCCAUGUAAAGGAUCGUUUAAAGAUUUAUGCAUACUUUUUACUUCCUUGAUGCCAUGGGAUUGGGGGGCGGGGGAUCUUUGAGUCAACGAUGACAAAAUGUCAAAUUUAGUCAAAUUUAAAAAUCAAGAAGCAGCACUUUAAGUCUAACUCUACACCAUUUUAGUGCAUGUGUUAGUUUUAAUAAUGAUUUUUGGUGCAUGCCUUUGGGCUUAUUCAAAAGUGUACAAUAGGAAAGUAUAUUUCCUUUCUUAGAAAGGAGAUGUUUUUCUACUUUGCAACAUGUGAUUAUAAAAAUCUUCCUCUGUGGGAAGAUUAACCAUGUAUUGAACUACUGAGAAGUAUAUAUUUUUAGAUAUACAGAAGGAAUCUACAUGGAGCAGCAUUCAGACCUAUAUAGAAGUCAUAGCAUUCUGUAUAGGACCAAAAAGGAAGUAACGUUAAACACUUAAACAGACCUUGUUGGGUAGAAAUACCUUAGAUCUUGCAUUGACUUCCAAAAUGAAUAUGCCACAGAAGUUUGCUGAAACUUUUGUUGUUUGAAUUUUCUCUGUCAGUGUAUUUAACCCAAAAUACUACAGCUUUGGGUUAGCACAUAUGUAAGAGUCAAAAACAAAACUAAAUAGAUCAGUCUGGUUUGUCAAUCCAGCUUGACUGAAAUAAGUACACUAAUCACUUGCAACGUGAAAAACUGUCCAACUCCUCUAAGGUUUUGACAUAAUAACCUUGGCUGAUGUGGGAAAACUCCCACUUUGAUUUCUGACCUGACAGUGAAGAUUCAUGCUUGACAUGAUUUCAAACCUGACAGUGUCUGUUUAAGGAGCCAUGGUACAGUUUGCUAAUUCAAUCCCAGAUACCUGUUGAUUACCUGUGAGAUCUAGAGUCCAAAGUAGCCAGCAGCCGUAUCCCUGAGUGCUCUGUGCCCAUCAGAUAAAGUAAGCAGGGUUGGGACAGAUCACAGCUCGGAUGAUUGACCUCAGGUGAUGUAGACAGCCCCAGAUUCAACAAUUGUAUCUGCAUUCUUGGGAGUCGUCACUGAACUAAUGUCCCACACUGUGUUACUUAACAUAGAUGCUCUCUCUUAGUAGAGGCCUAGAGCACACAUGCGAAUUGCUUGUGGUACUCAGAGAGGGGGUGCUAACUCUGAUGCCCUGGCCAAGCUCCAGUUUAGGGAUGUGGGUCUUCUUGUCAUUCUAAUUGGAAAUGUGCAUCACUUCCCAUUUUUCCUGUUAAUCUCAAUGCAAACUACACUAGUCUGUUUCUUUGCCCUGGUCCCAAGUCUCUAAGAUACUGGUGUGUAUUAUAUGGGCCAAAUUCAUGCCUUAUCCCAAUGCACAAGGGUUGAGGAAUGAGUGAGCUUGGUGUCAGGAUGCACUGUGACUGGAGGAUGAGCUCUUGUGAUGCUAAGGGAAUGAAAUUGGCCCUCUUUUAAGCAUAAUUUAGGGAAUGUGCACUGGCCGGAGGCUUCCAGCCAUGAGGUAUGAGCUGAAACCAAUUUUCCCUCUUAUAGCAUGAUGAGGAAAUCUGUUGGGUUUUCAGCGGUCAGGGAAGGCCGGAGUUCUGCAGCUUUAAUCUGGGUAACUGAGGCUGGUUUGAGCAAGACUUUGGUUAAUUAACUAGGUUCUCAGAUGCCACAGACUCCGUGAGAAGUCACCAUUAUUUUCAAUGGUUGUGAUAGAAUUUCCCCCUAGUAGCCAUUAUUUUAAGAUUAUAUUACAGAGUUGCUUUAUUUUGAGCUUUUCGUGUAUACACAAUCCCAAACUGGAAGAAAUUUUUAAAAAGGAAUCCUGCUGUGAAAGGUAUAUAUUACUCUAGAUUUUUCUUACUGUAAAUAUUGUAAGAUUGUAAUACUGUCAAUAUUUUAUUAACCAACAAAUGUUAAUCUAUGUGAAUUCAGACCUAUUUUAAAUGUGCUUCUUAUUUACUGUGUGUGGUCCCUGUUGCUGACAGUAUUAAGUUAUAUUCUGAUGUAAGAUUAACUUUAUUAAAGAAUGUAAACAUUAAUGUUUCCUUAUGGGAAAACAAAUAAAGUAUAAAGAAGACAAUUCUUUUCAUUGAAAUAUACUGUGUAUUUACACUUGCUAGACCCAGCACCACUUACAAAUUUAGUACACUGUUCAGAAUUUUAGUUAACACAGCUGACAUGAUUGUUCUCGAUUUGAAAGUCUAAGAGUAGAUAUUGUUGGAAUAUAAACAGUUUGUAUUUGUCUGCUGUGAAUCAUCAUCUUGAAAUUUCUAAUCAAGUUUGUAAAAUUUUUAUAGUAAAACAUUUUAAUGACAAUUUAAAAAUUUAUCUUCUCUAAAGAAUGGUCAAAACAAUAUCCUUUCAGGAACAGAAUUGUUCUUUAUUAUCUUUCCAAAAUGACUUUGGUUAAAUGGACCAGAUGUACAUUAGUUAAAAUUUAGGACAAAGUUGUUGAUAUUCUUUGAGUUUACAAGUUAAUCCUUAUUGGAGAUGUGCCAAUAUAUAGCAGAAUAUCAUUAAUUUGCACUCUUUGGGGACCCCAUUCAAGAAUGUUGACUUUUGCCAACUAAAAAAAUAAGCAAAUGCAAUUUAAAAAGUAAAUUUGAGCAUCCUGUAUUAAAUAUGUGCAGUUAUUAUCACAUGAAGAAGCGCAGUGUUGGCUGUAAUAUAACCAUAUUUGCUGUCAUGUUCUCCCAUCUCAGUGCUGGGAACUCACCAUGUGGAAACCAAGCAAACGUGUUGUGCAUCAGCCAGCUUGAGUUUGUUCAAUAUCAAAGCUGAAACUAGCGAGGUCUGCUGUACUGCUUAUUGAAGUAUUGUGAUUCUUUUAGGCAUUGAUUCUUACAAAAUAUAUACUGUAACAGUAUACUUUGUACAGAUUUAAAUUUUAUUUGGAAAAAUGAAAUAAAGUAGGCAAAAAAAUAAAGAUGUUUAUUUUUCAUGUGA